GCACCCUCGUCGGACGCUUAAGGGUUGUUCUGCCGGUAUAGUUCGUCUCCUCUCGCGCCAAGUUGUUUCGAGGUGACAAAUAAUUUUAAUUCCUUUUCUAAUCACACGAUCUAGAUACGAAACAUUAUUACCGAUAAAUCAAACUUGUAUUUUGUAUACGAUGUACAAAAAAGAUAUAAAAUGAAAAACACCGAAUAAAUGUUCAACCACCGACGUCCUGUCUCGUCUACAAAAAAGCACAUACAAAUCAGAAAAUGAUAUGGAGAGAAUAAAAAUACCUUGAUUCAUUUUAAGCCUGAUUUGAAGAUGGGUGAAUGUAAAUCAACUACAAAAACUACAUCUGUUAUGAUAGCAUUACUGUUUUUGAUUAUAAAUCCUUGCGAAAUUGGUGAAGCAGUUCAAAUGCUUGGUGUUAAGGUACCUGCGUACAUAUUUAUGGGAGACUCUGUACAAUUAUUUUGUGACUAUGAUAUGCAAAUGGACAAAUUGUACUCAGUUACCUGGUACAAGGACAAUGAAGAGUUCUAUCGGUACGUUCCAACAUCUAACCAUCUCAAACAUAGUUACAGUAUGGACGGAAUCACAGUUGAUCAUGCUUACUCGGACAGCAAAAAAGUCACCUUACGCUACGCUAAUUUGUUGAUGAAUGGCGAAUACAAAUGUGAGGUAUCUGCUGAAGCACCAUUCUUUACAACUGUGCACGCUGAAUCCAAAAUGGCCAUAAUAAGUUUACCAAAAUCAAAAGAUGUAACAAAAAUCAAUGGAGGCUCAGGAGUCUAUCAAACUAGUGACACUAUUUAUUUAAAUUGUACAUCGGGAGAAUCAUUUCCCGCUGCAAGACUCCGGUGGUUUAUUAAUGACAAAAUGGUGAUUUCAAAUUACGACCGCUCAGAAAAACUACCCAACGGUUUGUACAUCAGCAUAUCCAAAUUGAAUUUGUCAAUAUCUCCUGAUCACUUCAACAAUGGCUUAAUGAAAGUUACAUGUCAAGCCAUAAUCAAUAUAGGACGUCCAAAAGCAUUACCACCUCCUAAGGAAUAUAAACGUGAAGCAAUAAUUUUAGUACGUGGAUCAGCAGUAGCGAUGUGCAUAACGUUUAACCUGAAAUUAACAUUAAUAACAUUAACAUCAACAUUGUUUUUACUAAAUACGUCGUGAAAACGGUAAAAAUUGUUAUCCAAUAUUAUUUUGGCUCCUUCAUUAAAAUUAUGUGAAAUUGUAUGUUAUCUUGUUAUUUUAUCAAAACUGUUUAAUAAACUUAUUAUCCAUAUUCCGCACGAUCGAGUUGUAA